AUUAUGGUUUCUUAUCAAUUCUUAUUCUUUGAAUUUUCUAUCACAAUUUAUCCCAUGUUAUCAUCUAAUGAAGGUUUUCAUGAUUAUCUAUUGCAAUCAACUCUCACAGUGAUUAAAUCAACACCAGUUUAGAAUUUAAAUUGUUCCAUUAUCGUUGUAAAUUGUUCCGGUGAAAAGUUCGUAAAAAGAGUUAAUUAGUUGCUUGUCGAUUGUUUUCUCAGUUUCUUUCCGAUAAUUUGAUUAACUUUCCAUCUGAGUGAGAGAAACAAAAUUCAAUCAGUGUUUCCAAUCAUCAUGAUUAAUUUACCUUCAUCUUCAUCGGUUAAAUUGUCAACUCAAUUGUUUAUCUGUUUACUUAUUAUCUCAACAAUUACAUCGUUAAUCACCGUUACAAUGGCCAAUCCAAGUUCUCAAUUUUUUCUCAAUGGUCGAUAUGGUCGGAGGUCACUUCCGCCCGAUUCAAGUGAGAAUCAAUUUCCAGACAAGGAAACGAUAAUCAUGGAAACCGCAUUGAAAUAUAAUCUUCAUCCAAAUUGUUACAAUAAAGGUUUGAUUGGAGUGUUGAAAUGUAUUGUUGAAAGACAUCCAAAGACUGAGGAUAAUUAAGUGAAAACAAUUUGAUCAAGUUAAUUGUAACAGCUGAUUUGGAAUAUCAAUUGAGUGGACAAUCAACAAUUAAUUUAAUUCUCAGAGAAAAACAAAUCAAAUUUAACAUUGUUACCAUGUUAAAAUGAAAGAAAAUUUAAUUGAAACU